GUAAACAUGCAGAUCAUCCGUCAGACUCGUGCUGCUCCUCCCUCUGCAGUGGGAUCAGCAGCAGAGCAGCCGCUCAGCCAAUGGGAAAGUAGGAGUGCUGAAUGGAGCGCUCUGAUUGUUGGAGGCGUGCUGAGCAGACUGGGCAUGAUUAAAGGGUGGCCACCACAUGCACAGCCACAAUAAUCUGCUUCAUCUCCAGACUGACAUCUAUCUUGAGUUGACACAGAUUUUAAGGAUUGAGAAAUGUCUCCAGUUUCAGUCUCCACCAACAGGGUCGUUCCAGGACCGCAGGAGCCGGAGGAGAAGACCUACCAUCCAUCCGAUGGCCUGUUCACUGAUGCACACGUGCCAGACUUUGAUGCAUAUCUUGCUUUAUACAAAAAGUCUACAGAAGAGCCUGAAGAGUUCUGGGCUGAUGUUGCUCAAGAGUUUUACUGGAAGAAGCCUCCGUCAGGCCCGAUGCUGCAGUAUAACUUUGAUGUCAACAAGGGGAACAUUUACAUCAAGUUUAUGGAGGGAGCAAAAACCAACAUCUGCUACAACAUCCUUGACCGAAAUGUGCAUGAGAGGAACCUAGGAGAGAAAGUGGCUUACUACUGGGAGGGAAACUCACCUGAUCAUCACCAGAACAUCACCUACAACCAGCUGUUGAGAAACGUGUGCCGAUGUGCCAAUGCAUUGAAGCUGUUGGGUGUGAAGAAAGGAGACAGAGUCGCCAUCUACUUACCCAUGAUUCCAGAGCUGGUGUACACGAUGCUGGCCUGUGCGAGAAUCGGAGCUGUUCACUCGAUAGUGUUUGCAGGUUUCUCAUCUGAGUCUCUGUGCGAGAGGAUCAUGGAUGCUCAGUGCAACAUCCUGGUAACAGCAGAUGGUGUUUACAGAGGUGACAAGCUGAUCAAUCUGAAGAAGAUUGCGUCUGAAGCUCUGGAGCGCUGUAAGGAGAGCAUGGCCUCGUGUGUUCAGAAGUGUGUGGUGGUCAAACAUCAUGCCUUCAGAACAAACACUGAUGCUUCCAACAAACUACAGGUUGGUCAAACGGUCAAGUUGUAUGGACUACUUACAGUAUAUGAUGGUUUUCUAGCAGGAAAAAAUUUAAAUAGAGCAAAUGUAAAAUUCUCUUAUAUCCAGCACUUAAAUGGGGUCCUUCACACCGUCACUGGAUAUAUGCUCUAUACAUCACUGACCUUCAAAUAUGUUUUCGAUUAUCACCAUGAUGACGUUUACUGGUGCACUGCAGACAUUGGCUGGAUAACAGGCCACUCCUACAUCACGUACGGCCCUUUAGCCAACGGCGCCACCAGCGUGCUGUUUGAAGGUGUGCCGGUGUAUCCUCAUGUGGGCAGACUGUGGGAGAUCAUUGAGAAGUACGGAGUCUCUAAGUUCUACACCGCACCCACUGCUAUACGACUGCUGAUGAAAUACGGGAGAGAACCACUGCAGCGGUAUGAUCUGUCCAGUUUGUGUGUGUUGGGUACGGUUGGAGAACCCAUAAACCCAGAGGCUUGGCUUUGGUAUUAUGAUGUUGUGGGUCAGCAGCGCUGUCCGGUUAUUGACACCUUCUGGCAAACAGAGACGGGUGGCCAUGUUUUGACUCCACUUCCAGCUGCUACACCACUGAAGCCUGGAUCUGCUACGUGCCCAUUUUUUGGAGUCCAGCCUGCCAUUCUCAAUGAACAUGGAGAAGAACUAGAGGGCGAGGCGGAGGGAUACCUGGUUUUCCGGAAGCCCUGGCCAGGAAUCAUGAGGGGUGUGUACGGGAAUCAGGAACGCUUUGAAAGCACCUACUUCAGAAAAUUCCCAGGAUUCUAUGUGACAGGAGAUGGCUGCAGGCGAGACCAGGACGGAUAUUACUGGAUCACCGGCCGGAUCGAUGACAUGCUGAACGUCUCUGGUCAUUUGUUGAGCACAGCAGAGGUGGAGGCGGCUCUGACCGAACACCCGUCGGUGGCUGAAGCUGCGGUGGUCAGUCAGCCUCAUGCAGUGAAGGGAGAGUGUCUGUACUGCUUCGUCACUCUGAAAGACCACAAAGAGUUCAACCGCACGCUGAUGGAGGAACUAAAGAGAAAAGUGAGGGAGAAGAUCGGACCAAUCGCCACCCCAGAUUUCAUCCAGAACGCUCCAGGGCUUCCCAAAACCCGUUCAGGUAAGAUCAUGCGAAGAGUUCUGCGACAAAUCGCCCGCAAUGAAAAAGACCUGGGUGACCUUUCGACCCUGGCUGACCCCAAGGUCGUGGAGGUGCUGUUCAGCCAAAGAUGUGAGGCGGCAGCGUAAAAUCAGCUAUGAUCUAUCCCUUUUGAUGCCUCUGUGUGUCACCUUGUGUGUGGUAAGGACUUUGGGUUUGGGUUAGAACAGGCUCUGGUUCUCCUAGAUCACAUCGAAUGGGGUGUAACUCCUUUCGUGAAUCAGGUAAAACAAACAACAAUCACUAAAUGAAGUGUUUUUAAUGAAACCUCACCUCUGGACUCUAAACUUCUCACUUCAGUCAGAGUUUCAUUGAUUUUUUUUUUCUGUUCUGUCAGGGGAUAUAUUAUGUAAAUAUUUUUGGUUUGUUUGUGAUGUUUUUCAGUGCCACAAAAAUGUAUUUAUUACCUUUGCUUUUAAUUGCAUCCAUAAUUGCAGUUUCUCUCACUAAAUUAUUUCAUAUCAUUUAAACAAUUUUUAUAGUAGACAACAGGAGAAUAAAAUCACUUCGUUAUUUCAUUUCUCAAAAGAGAUCAGCAAUAUUAGAAAUGUUCGUUUUGAACUUUGAACCUUGCAGGCUUGACUAUGUUUUUUUUCUUCCAAUUUUAUUUGAUAUUAAACAAUUGUUAGAGAAAUGUGCAAUUUUUUUCAUGGCGUCUUGUCCUGGAUGAAUAAGCUUUUACAAAACCAGUUGUUAAUGCUACUUUGACAGAAAUAUUAGUUCCAAGUAGUUUAACAGUAAUAAUUGCACUUUUCUGUUUUUUGUUUUUAUGAAAUAAAGCAUAUAUCUCUUA